GGCAGAGACUGCACGUGCACUAUGGAUACGCCGCUGAGGCGCAGCCGGAGGCUGGAAGGCCUGAAUCCGGAGUCCACGGGGAACCUUCCUGAAGUUCCGCGGGCGAGACGAGCCCUCGUGGAGUUCGACUCGGACCCGGAAGAAAGGAGCGAGCCGAGGUCGCCUCCGAGUGCGCGACAGCACGGCCUAGGAUCUCCCCGAACCGAGCCGGAAAGGAGCCCGGGAUCACCCGGUCUAAAACAGGUUGCAGGCUCAGGGUCCCCCCAGAGGCAGCCAGAGACAGACCCCGGGUCCCCCCAGCCGCAGCAGGAUGCAGGCCUGGAAUCGCCCGCAAGACUGCCCGAGUUGAGGUCAGAACCCCUCCAUCGUGCGGAGUCACCCCGGGACUCCCAGGCCGAGGGAAAACCGGACUCGGAGGCGAGCCCGGGCAAGGAGGAACUGACUCCGGGGUCCCCUCAGCAUCAUCUGCAGCCGGGCCCGGGAUCCCCAGAACCUUGUCCCGGUCAGCUGGCGCCGGGUCCUGAGCCCUCGCAGCCACCACGGGAGUUGACACCCCAUGCACCCGGCUCCCUGGAGCGACAGCAGGAGCCAAGCCAGCCACCUCCGGCCGGGGAGACAGUGACAGGCGGCCUCGGCAUAAACAAACGAAGUGGAUCUUCCCCCCGAGCCCCAGCGUCCAAAAAGUUGAAGGAGAGGGAGGCGCUUCCUGAAAUCCCUAAGGGGAAGCCCAAAUCCGGGCGUGUGUGGAAGGACCGCUCCAAGAAGAGGUUUUCCCAGAUGGUUCAGGACAAGCCUCUGCGCACCUCCUGGCAGCAGAAGAUGAAGGAGAAGCAGGAGAAGAAGCUGGCCAAGGACUUUGCCCGGCACCUGGAGGAAGAGAAGGCAAGGCAGCGGCAGGAGAAGAAAGAGCGCAGGGCCGAGAACCUGAGACGCCGCCUGGAGAACGAGCGGAAGGCCGAAAUCGUCCAAGUGAUCCGGAACCCUGCCAAGCUCAAGCGGGCAAAGAAGAAACAGCUACGCUCCAUUCAGAAGCGGGACACCCUGGCCCUGCUCCAGAAGCAGCCGCCCCAGCGGCCAGCAGCCAAGGUGUGAGCUUAGGACAGCCAAGAACCAUGGCAGACACCAUGCCUUGUGCCCCUAUCACAUGCCUCGGCAGGGACCUGCACACCUACUCUAUGGCCUCAAGUCAGGGGGGCCCAGGACCUGCCAGAGACUGGGGAGAGAGAUGAACCUCCCCACUUCUUCCCCAUUCUUCUCCAAGUGCCUUCAGAUCGUGAACAGUGAAUUCUUCCUUAGUAGUUCUCUCUCAGCGUGCUGGGUGUAACCCAACCGUGGAGGACAGCAGUUUCCAGACCAGUCCACUGCCUCUGUCCCCCAGCUGAGUGAAUUGGGAUUCACUGCUCCCUGGCCACCCCAUCAGCAUUCAAAGAUUAACGUGGAAAGGUUGCCGGGAGCUGCUCCCUUUCCCAUACCAAACUGAAGAAGCCCCACAGACAGCGUGCCCAUCCAGUCUAAAGUCUACAGCAGAAAUACUUAUUGAAUUCCUGUGUGCAUAGGAACUAUCGUAGGCACCAAAGAAGACAGGCAAAAGGCCCUGCUCCACGGGGCUUUCGUUCUGAUAAUAAACAAGUGAAAU